CACGCUUUUCGAUUUCAAUCGCAUUACCCAUGAGAGCAGACCUAAUUUAACAACAAGGCCACGUCAAGGACUUUUCUGAGCAAUCGCAGCUUGGACUGCCCUAUGGAUACCUAAUUUUUCAUUCCCAUUCCACCAAUCAAACCUUGAAGAAUUGAAACCUAGUAGACUCAAGAGAACCAGACCCUGAAACAUGGCAUUUCUUACCGGAAACCUUUCCCAGCGUUUGCCGCGUCAUCCCAACUACGUGUUCAACGAAAUUCCGGGUGAUUGCAGUGCCAUCCACGAGUUGGUCUCCCAGGAGAAGUGCCAAUUCAUCAAGUCAACGGAAUCCUGCCAGAACAAUGUCUUCUACUUCGAUUAUGCGUACUUUUUGUACUGCACGAUCGGCGAGGAAAACGGCUGGAAGUUCAACCUGGGGGUCGCGCUUCUAGUGUCCGUGUUGAUACUCUACUUCACGGUUCUGGCAACGACUGCUGAUCAAUUUUUCUGCCCUGUGCUGGCCGUAAUAGCCAAGACGUUGAGAAUCAGCGAGGCUGUCGCUGGAGUCACCAUCUUGGCUUUCGGGAACGGCUCACCGGAUCUGUUUACGGCAGUAAGCAACCCCAAAGAUGACACGGAAUUGAUGUUUGGCGAACUGCUGGGAGCGGGACUGUUCGUUGUGGGCAUUGUGGCCGGAACGAUCCUGGUCAUUAGACCAUUCGACAUCUAUCCAGCUGGUGUGGUUCGGGAUGUCGUAUUCUUCAUCUUCGCCGUCAGUUGGAUAACGGUUUGUGCCUACGACGAACGGUUCACCCUGUCGGAUGCGAUCGUAGUGAUUGUUUGUUACGUAUUGUACUUGGCCGUGGUCCUGGUGGAUUUCUUCGUAUUGAGACGGAAGCUACAUGAAGAAGAAUCACGAAUGUCGAUAGCGGGAGACCUGACUGAAAACAAUGACUAUUACCAAAAACUGCGGAACGAAACGGUCAUGGUAAUACGCGAACCGAUCAAGGGCUCGGAGCUGGACAUACGCAAAACCAGGAUAAGUGUCUUUGUGGAUGUUCAUCACCGCCAUCCGCCACCGAACCAUCAUCUGUUUCGAGAUUUUUGCGAGCAUAUCAAUCCGAUCCAUGGCGAAGAUUGGAACGAGGAAGGUUGGUUUUCCAGGACGUUGACCGUGUUGAAGGCGCCGGUGCUGUUCACGCUACUUCUGAUCAUACCCAUUAUGGACUAUACGGCUGUACGGCACGGGUGGACGAAACUGUUGAACAUUUUGCACUGGUUGACUCUUCCGCUGAUGAUGCUAUUCGUUACUGGAUUACUGUGCAAAACCUUCCUAAGCUUCCCCGUCUGGGGCUGGUUGCUGAUCUGUUCCGGCACGCUAAUGGCGGUUCUCUUUGCCACCUCACGAACGGAUCGACCUCCCCGGUAUCACAUGGCGUAUGCGUUGAUGGCCUUUGUCGGUUCCAUUCAGGUAAUUUACGUCGUGGCCCAGGAAGUUGUCAGCUUGUUGGUGACACUGGGUUUGGUCCUGAACCUUUCCAAAUCGAUGCUUGGUCUAUCGGUGCUGGCCUGGGGCAACAGCAUUGGAGACCUAUUUGCCAACAUAACGCUGGCAAAGCGUGGAUAUGGAAAGAUGGCUUUCGCCGCAUGCUUCGGAGGACCGUUGUUCAAUUUAUGUCUUGGACUCGGCAGCACAAUGAUUGUUCGGGCCUCCAGGAAAAAGGAUCACGUGGCAUUCUCCCGCGAGGGUGCCAUGGGAGAAAAUUGCGAGUGGUUCCUGGUCCAGCUGUUAGCCACCAUCCUGUUUGUGCUGUUGCUCACCGGUUUCGAUGGACGUCGCAGUGUCGGUAUUAUCAUGAUUAUAAUUUACUUGCUGUUUAUACUAUUUUGCAUCCUGGGAGAGUUUGAGGUGCUCCAUCCGUACGGAACGGACCAUCACAAUGAAGGGGAGUUUGUGAAUUGAGCACGAUAGGCGAUAGUGACCACCAUAUGUAAGAAUGAAGAAGAUGUGUUACCAAAUUUUGGUAAUGUUCUAGUUUCACCGUUAUUUUGAACCUAUAAAUCUUACUUCGUUACAAAA